GCCCGACCGUUGCCAAAAUAAAAUAACAACCUCACCUUUAAUUAUUUCUUUACAGAUAAAUUGAAAAACAAUAACUUCUGUAUGCAAGAUUACUACAUCAGACAUCUAUUAUAAUGAAAGCAAUAAUACAACGUGUUAUGAACGCCAGUGUCAGCGUGAAUGGGGAAGUAGUGAGUAGUAUUGGAAGGGGAGCAUUGGUGUUGAUUGGCAUUACAAGCACAGAUAACACUAAGGAUAUGGAGUAUAUAGCUAGAAAACUUUUGAGCAUAAAACUAUUUGAUGACGAAAAUGAAAAGAGAUGGAAGAGAAGCAUUGUUGAUUGUGACUAUGAAGUACUUUGUGUUAGCCAGUUCACUCUAUACAACACAUGGAAGGGCAAUAAACCAGAUUUCCAUCUCGCAAUGCCUUCGGAAAAUUCCAGAGUGUUUUAUGAAAACUUUAUUGAAAUGUUAAAAUGUCAAUACAAACCAGAUAAAGUUAAAGAUGGCGUUUUCGGCGCAUACAUGCAAGUAUCGCUACAGAAUGACGGCCCAGUCACGUUGGAGCUCGAGUCGCCGGCACAUAUCGAGAAAACAUCAAAGAAAGUCAAAUCUGUCCCCGUAAAAGCAAUGGAAGAAACAGGAGAUGAUACAAACAGAUAAUGUAUACAAUUUUGUUCUAGUUUUACUAAAUUAUUUAUGUUAAAAUGUUAAAUUGUGUAAGGUAUACCUCUAGCAUUUAAAUAAAAUAAAGGUAAGUGUUGUAAAAUGUUGCAAA